UGGCCGGCCGGCGCCGGGGACUUUCUUCCGCCUGGCCAGACAGAUCCCUGUUUUUUGUUUUUCAAAAUUCAGAAAGCAUCUCCGAAUAUUUGCCCAGAAGAGUGUGAAACAUACUUUCCUGGUCUUUCUUUCACUUUGUUUUAUUUCUGUGUGGACGAACAAUGCGGAAAAUGCCGCGCGUCUAGCCAGGCAGAUAAGAAAACAGCUAUACCCGUCAGGCCCCCAACCCGGCGCCUCCAUAAAUGGCUCCGGCCUCGCCAUUUUAGUUCUUUUUGCGAAGUGGGCUCGUGGGUUGGUAGUAUGAGAGUUGUAAUGGCCCGACUGUUGAGUGAGGGGGAGCAGGGGAUCCCAACGGCUUGCGCUGCCUUUGCGCAGCAGCCGGCGGGGCCACGUCGCGGCCUGGCUGGGGUAGGAGAGGGCGGUUCCCAGUGUUGGGUGAACUACCGUUGCACACUGGAAUUUCUGGUGUCUCUGCUUGGAACUGACCUAGCUCGUGGCAGGGGGAACUCGGCUAGCGGCCCCACAGCCCCUGCUGACUCAUCACAACUGAGUUGUAAGACGUUCAUCGCCGUGUUAUCCUUGAGUAAAGAAGCGGGCUUUUGCCAUGUUGUCCAGGCUGGCCUCGACUCCUGGGCUCAAGCAGUCCUCCUGCCUCAGUCUCCCAAAGUGCUGGAAUUACAGGGAAUGAGCUCUGGAAGCCCAGCCAGGGACAAUGCACCUUCACAGAGAUUCUGCACUAAUCUGAGUGAAGGUCUAAGGUUUGGAACCUCCCCCUCAUGGAGAGAAGCUUUGUAUGGCUGUCAUGCUUAGACAGUGAUUCCUGCAACUUGACCUUCAGGCUGGGAGAGGUGGAGAGCCAUGCCUGUUCUCCUUCCUUGCUAUGGAAUUUGCUGACACAAUAUCUUCUGCCUGGUGCUGGGCAUAUCCUAAGAACUUACAACUUUCCUGUAUUAUCCUGUGUGAGCAGCUGUCGCCUUAUUGGGGGAAAAAUGCCUGAAAAUUAGGGGGCACUUCAAGUAGAUAGCUUCUAUUUCCUAUAUUUGUCUUAUAUACAAGUAUUUGCUUUUAUCAAAAUAAUUCCAAUAAAGCAUUUUAAAGUAAAGAA